UACAAAUCUGCUUGUUGACACUUCCUAAAUUCUGCAUUUCUUUGGGUAAAUUCCUUCUAAAGUACGAUAAAAUUCUCCUAUAUUUUCCCUGUCCGCCAUUUUGUUUUUGUUUGAGUAACCGCUGACCAACGGCUCACAUUCGAAGAAAAUGUCAGCCUUUUCAGGCUGUUUUAUUCAUUUUAAAGGUGAAGAAGGCCCUUUAACUAACUUAACAGGGACUUCCCUCAAAAAAGUAAUAGAAUGCCAUAGUCUUUGGUYACAUUUAGAUGGAGAACAGAGAGAAAUUGCUGAGAAAACAUCAAAUCUAAUACAAAAUUUCGAGUUAACUCAUGAACACUCUGAUUUAACUGCCAGUAACCUACAGUAUCACAGGAAUUGCUACUCUAAGUUUACACAUAUCACUCUAAUUAAACGUGCCCAAGCAAGAGUCGCUAAAAAGAGAGAAAUUAAUACCAUUGAGAGUGAUACUGCUCAUCAGUUAGAGUCAGAGGAAUCGCCAACUCCAGCCAGAAAACUUUUAAGAUCGUCUACAAGUGCUACACCUACCAGUGCCAGAAGUAAAGCAGUUUUGCCACCAAUUUGCAUCAUAUGUAACCAGAAGAAGUCAUACAUCAGUGAAUUGGGAACAAAAAAGCGCGCACUAGACAAGCUGGUCACCGCGGAAACUAUUGAUGGGGGAAAACUACGUGAAGCUGCAACAAUUAAAGAAGAUCAAAGAAUUUUAGUGCACAUUCUAGACAAGGACUGUGUGGCUUUGGAAGUAAAAUACCACAAACGAUGCUACAAAAAUUAUACGUCGUUUCUAUAUAAUGCCCCACAGAAAGCAGUGUCUGAUGAUGAUGAUUGUAAAUAUUUGUACAGUAAGUCUUUUGAUAUAUUUUCGAAAUAUGUAAAACAUCACAUUGUUGACAURCACAGUAUACAUUAUAUGAGUAAGCUUAAAGCUGAGUUUAUAAAAACUGUAAAACAAGUAGAAAAUGAGGAUGCCUCAAGUUAUCGAACUUACCGACUGAAGGAACGUCUACAGCAAAGAUUCCCACAGCUAGUUUUCCAUACUCCAAAAGUGCGCAACAAGAGCGAAAUAGUCUACGUGGAGGACUUGAAUAGAGGGAAGGUUGCUGAGACUAUUCUAACAAGCAAAGAACAAAGUGAUGUCGAUACAACGGAGGAUGAGGGUGAGKAAAAUGAAGAUGAUAACGUCAAAGAAUCAGUGACGGAGGGCUCUGGAUGUAGAACACCCUUGAGAGACUUCUAUUCGGUUGCCUUGGAACUAAGAAAGCAUAUCCGUGACUACGCGUCUUCAUGGUACGAAACUUGRCCUCCACUCGCUUCAGAUUUAACUAGUGAUAGUGUUGCAAAAGUGGUCCCCCCAUUGUUAUUUAACUUCAUGGCAUGGAUGCUAGGAUACUCAGAAGAGCCUGAGGACUGUCACUAYGUUAAAAUGGAURAGAGCGCAGGAGUAAAACUAUUCUCCAUCUGUCAGGAUAUUGUCUAUAAUAAUUCCAACGGCAAAACACAGACACCAAAGUCACUCGCACUGGCAAUCGCUGUUAGGCAGAUGUCUGGGUGUUCCAGUCUCAUAAGUGYAUUAAAUGGUUUGGGACAUUGUGUAUCGUUGUCCUCUACAAUGGCGUAUGACACUGCAUUAGCGCAGCUAAACAUCGAAACMUCAGCUCUAAUACCAAAGGAAUUUGUACCUAAUGAAUCCAUCAAUCUAGUAUAUGACAACAUCGACUUUGGCGAAGAAAUAAAGAAACAAACCCAUGUCACCAAUGGAAUCAUUACCCAAAAGAUCGUUUCCGAAGAUCCCKCCCCAGUCAAACCACAUGGCAAUCCCAACAUCCGCAAAUCCAAGCGUUCACUAGAAGUUCCGCAAUCAACAAUUACGCCAUUUAGUAUUGGCAGUAAGAAGACGCCGCGGUUCCAUGAUGGAGGUGAAAUAACAAAAACUACUACUACAGCAGAAAAGCUUGACUUGGCAUAUGUACUCGUGAAGAUGGUAGAACCCAAUCGAGAUGAGAGUGUCCUUCCAGGUUGGACAGRAUUCAACACGAUGUUCUACYAAGGCAGCCAUGGAGACGAAAUAUCUAGAGUCGGAUAUCUACCAGUGAUAGAUGGGUCGCCAACRGAGUACUCUAYCAUAAAUGCAAUAUUAAAAAACAGCACARAGAUUGCAGACAAAUUGGAUCUAAGGUACUGCAUAAUUGAUUUGGUAGAUAAUCAGUAUGCCACUUUGGUGUUUGAUGAAGCGGUAUAUGCAAAAGUGCAGCAGGUCAGAUGGAAGAAUAAUCUUUACUAUAAUCGCUUUGUUGUGCGCCUUGGGGAGUUUCACGCCACGAUGUCGUUUAUCAGUGCAAUAUCAAAGAUCUUUGAAGAUGGAGGGUUGAAGAUUCUCAAUCUCCUGUACAUUUUGUCUGCAAUUAAUCUACAAUUCACAUUUUGCUGUGAAGUGUACCGCUUCGUUGAAAGCUAUGAAUCUCUUGAGGGUCACGUGAUCAAGACCGUAACCAAAAACUUAAAGAGUCUCUGCUGGAAUGAUUGCGUUUGGUUGCCAUGGUGCUUCUCGAUAAAUGUUCACCAAACAAGUCAAGGAAUAUUUGAAUGCCAAUUGAAUAACUCGAGUAAGAAAGCAAAUCCACACAAGAUGGUGGAGAGAGAAGGAUGGUCUUAUCAUGAAAUGACGACGCUAGGUGUUCAAGCAUGCAAUUUGUACGAAUGUAAGAGAAAAGAAGAUUUGGGCAAUGGAUGGCGUCGCUAUGGAGAUGCUUCUCUCAAGCUAUUUACAGASAAGAAGAACUGGACCGAWGCUCGUAAACAUUGUCAGUCGUUAGGUGGUGAUCUUCUCUCCAUUACCAGCUCACACGAGGACGACUUUGUGAAUGAAGUCUUUGUGAAGCAGCUGAGCUUGGGUUACUUCAGAAAUGAUAAUCCAGAACUGGGUGUACCUUACGAAGCAUGGAUGUUGAACCAGUCUCAGCCUACUGUACAGUUGMUUGGAAAUCCUGGCGAUUUACUGUACAAUGCCGUAGAUGGAGGAACCGCUUUGUACUUUAGUGGUAGACAGGGAUAUGCACGUGUUCCUAGAGUCGAUAUCGGUCCAGGUGGUUUUACCAUUGCGUUUUGGAUGAAACCAUUUAGUCGUGACAAUGAAAGAUUUUGGAUUCACCCUGUAGCGCUUUUGAACCACCCCUUUUCUUUGUCGACCCCACUGAAAGUUGUAGAUUYUUACUUCAUGGCURGAAGAAAUUGGAUUAGUGUGGUCAUCAUCAAYGAGACGUCAUCAUACGGCUCGACGUAA